GGGCCGCGCGGGAGCGCGCGGAGGGAGCAGCGGCGCCGUCGGGUCCCCGUCGGGGCUCCGUGGGUCUCCGACCCGCCCCCGGCCCAGCUAUGGCGGGCGCCAGGCCCGGCGUCCACGCGCUGCAGCUGGAGCCGCCCACCGUCGUGGAGACCCUGCGGCGCGGGAGUAAGUUCAUCAAAUGGGACGAGGAGGCCUCCAGUCGGAACCUGGUAACUCUGCGCGUGGACCCCAGUGGCUUCUUCCUGUACUGGACGGGGCCCAACAUGGAGGUGGACACACUGGACAUCAGUUCCAUCAGGGACACGAGGACAGGCCGUUAUGCCCGCCUACCCAAGGACCCCAAGAUUCGGGAGGUGUUGGGCUUUGGGGGCCCUGAUGCCCGGUUGGAGGAGAAGUUGAUAACAGUGGUGGCUGGGCCAGACCCGGUGAAUACAUCGUUUUUGAACUUCAUGGCCGUGCAGGAUGACACAGCCAAGGUCUGGUCCGAGGAGCUGUUCAAGCUGGCUAUGAACAUCCUGGCUCAGAACGCCUCCCGGAACACCUUCUUGCGCAAAGCGUACACGAAGCUGAAACUGCAGGUGAACCAGGAUGGACGGAUCCCGGUCAAGAACAUCCUGAAGAUGUUCUCAGCAGACAAGAAGCGGGUAGAAACUGCGCUGGAAUCCUGUGGCCUCAAUUUCAACCGGAGCGAGUCCAUCCGGCCUGACGAGUUUUCCUUGGAAAUCUUCGAGCGGUUCUUGAACAAGCUUUGUCUGCGGCCGGACAUUGACAAGAUCCUGCUGGAGAUAGGCGCCAAGGGCAAACCAUACCUGACACUGGAGCAGCUCAUGGACUUCAUCAACCAGAAGCAACGGGACCCGAGGCUCAAUGAAGUGCUGUACCCGCCUCUGCGGCCCUCCCAGGCCCGGCUGCUUAUCGAGAAGUAUGAGCCCAACCAGCAAUUCCUGGAGAGAGACCAGAUGUCCAUGGAGGGCUUCAGCCGCUACCUGGGAGGUGAGGAGAACGGCAUCCUGCCCCUAGAGGCUCUGGAUCUGAGCGCAGACAUGACCCAGCCGCUCAGUGCCUACUUCAUCAACUCCUCACACAACACCUAUCUCACUGCGGGGCAGCUGGCGGGAACCUCGUCGGUGGAGAUGUACCGGCAGGCACUGCUGUGGGGCUGCCGCUGCGUGGAGCUGGACGUGUGGAAAGGGCGGCCGCCUGAGGAGGAGCCCUUCAUCACCCACGGCUUCACCAUGACCACGGAGGUGCCGCUGCGAGAUGUGCUGGAGGCCAUUGCGGAGACCGCCUUCAAGACCUCGCCCUACCCUGUCAUCCUCUCCUUUGAGAACCAUGUGGACUCGGCAAAGCAGCAGGCCAAGAUGGCUGAGUACUGCCGCUCCAUCUUUGGGGACGCGCUGCUCAUCGACCCCCUGGACAAGUACCCGCUGGCCCCGGGCGUCCCCCUGCCCAGCCCCGAGGACCUGAUGGGCCGCAUCCUGGUGAAGAACAAGAAGCGACACCGGCCCAGCACUGGCGUUCCCGACAGCUCCGUGCGCAAGCGGCCGCUAGAGCAGAGCAACUCGGCCCUGAGUGAGAGCUCCGCUGCCACCGAGCCCUCCUCGCCCCAGCUCGGGUCCCCCAGCUCUGACAGCUGCCCAGGCCUGAGCAAUGGGGAGGAGGCGGGCCUUGAGAAGCCCAGCCUGGAGCCUCAGAAGUCUCUGGGUGAGGAGAGUUUGCAGCGGGGCCCCGAUGCCCUUGGAUCUGCCUACCGUGAGGAUGAGGAAGAGGAUGAGGAAGAGGAGGAACAGACGGACCCCAAAAAGCCGACCACCGAUGAGGGCACUGCCAGCAGUGAGGUCAAUGCCACUGAGGAAAUGUCGACGCUUGUCAACUACAUCGAGCCCGUCAAGUUCAAGUCCUUUGAGGCUGCUCGAAAGAGGAACAAGUGCUUUGAGAUGUCAUCCUUUGUGGAGACCAAGGCCAUGGAGCAACUGACCAAGAGCCCCAUGGAGUUUGUGGAAUACAACAAGCAGCAGCUCAGCCGCAUCUACCCCAAGGGCACACGCGUGGACUCGUCCAACUACAUGCCCCAGCUCUUCUGGAAUGUGGGCUGCCAGCUCGUCGCGCUCAACUUCCAGACCCUGGACGUGGCCAUGCAGCUCAACGCGGGCGUGUUCGAGUACAACGGGCGCAGUGGCUACCUACUCAAGCCCGAGUUCAUGCGGCGGCCGGACAAGUCCUUUGACCCCUUCACCGAGGUCAUCGUGGAUGGCAUCGUGGCCAAUGCCGUGCGGGUCAAGGUGAUCUCGGGGCAGUUCCUGUCCGACAGGAAGGUGGGCAUCUACGUGGAGGUGGAUAUGUUCGGCCUCCCUGUCGACACGCGGCGCAAGUACCGCACUCGGACCUCUCAGGGGAACUCGUUCAACCCCGUGUGGGAUGAGGAGCCCUUCGACUUCCCCAAAGUGGUGCUGCCCACGCUGGCUUUGCUGCGCAUCGCGGCCUUUGAGGAGGGUGGCAAGUUCGUGGGGCACCGGAUCCUGCCUGUCUCUGCCAUCCGCUCAGGGUACCACUACAUCUGCCUGCGGAACGAGGCCAACCAGCCGCUGUGCCUGCCGGCCCUGCUUGUCUACACUGAGGCCUCUGACUACAUUCCCGAUGACCACCAAGACUACGCAGAGGCCCUGAUCAAUCCCAUCAAGCACGUCAGCCUGAUGGACCAGAGGGCCAAGCAGCUGGCUGCCCUCAUUGGGGAGAGUGAGGCUCAGGCUGGCCUAGAGACAAGCCAGGAGACCCAGUCUCAGCAGCCAGGGUCCCAACUGACCCCAAACCCCACACCCAGCCCACUGGACGCCUCCCCCCGCCGGGCCCCAGGCCCCAUCACCUCCUCCACCAGCACCUCCCUCAGCAGCCCAGGUCAGCGUGAUGACCUCAUUGCCAGCGUCCUCUCAGAGGUGGCCCCGGCCCCGCUGGAUGAGCUCCGAGGCCACAAGGCCCUGUUGAAGCUCCAGAGCCGGCAAGAGCGAGACUUUCGAGAGCUGCACAAGAAGCAUCAGCGGAAGGCGGUUGCCCUCACACGCCGGUUGCUCGACAACCUGGCCCAGGCCCAGGCCGAGAGCAGGUGCCGGCACCGGCCGGGUGUCCUAGGCGGGGAGGACGAGAGGGAGGAGGAGGAAGAGGUGAAGAGGUAUCAAGAGUUCCAGAAGAAGCAGGUGCAGUGUCUGCUGGAGCUGAGGGAGGCCCAGGCAGACACAGAGGCCGAGCGGAGGCUGGAGCACCUGAGACAGGCUCAGCAGAAGCUCAGGGAGAUUGUCAUGGAUGCUCACACCACUCAGUGCAAGAGACUGAAGGAGAUGAACGAGAGGGAGAAGAAGGAACUGCAGAAGAUCCUGGACAGGAAGCGCCACAACAGUAUCUCAGAGGCAAAGACCAGGGAGAAACAUAAGAAGGAGGCGGAACUGACAGAGAUUAACCGUCGACACAUCACUGAGUCGGUCAACUCCAUCCGUCGGCUGGAGGAGGCCCAAAAGCAGCGGCAGGAACACCUUGUGGCCGCGCAGCAGCAGAUUCUCCAACAGCUGACAGAAGAGGAGCCCAAGCUGCUGGCCCAGCUGGCCCAGGAGUGUCAGGAGCAGCGGGAGAGGCUGCCCCAGGAGAUCCGCCGGAGCCUGCUGGGCGAGACACCGGAGGGACUGGGGGACGGGCAUCUGGUGGCCUGUGCCAGCAAUGGUCACGCGCCUGGGAGCAGUGGGCACCUGUCCGGCGCUGAUUCGGAGAGCCAAGAGGAGACUACGAAGCUCUGAACUGGCUGAGCAAGAGGUGGCCACCAGGCCAGGAUGAGGAAACUGAGGCCACAACUAAGUCAAGACGUCCUGACCUGGAGGCAGGGUGGGCCUGGACCCUCUAUGGCAGACUGUCUUCGGCCAGCCUGGAGGACCUGCUCCAUGCCUCCCCCUCGUGCCCUGGGACAGCGUGGAGUGGCAGAGACCCCGCAGCGAGGGUGCGGCUGGGUUCUGCAGCAGGGUCAGGCUGCUCCAUGCCUCCCCCUCCUGCCUGGGACAGCGUGGAGUGGCAGAGACCCCGCAGCGAGGGUGCGGCUGGGCUCUGCAGCAGGGUCAGGCUGCUCCAUGCCUCCCCCUCCUGCCUGGGACAGCGUGGAGUGGCAGAGACCCCGCAGCGAGGGUGCGGCUGGGCUCUGCAGCAGGGUCAGGCUGGCACUUCUUCAAGGCCUCUCCCAGCUUCCUGGCGCUUCCCGGGCUGCCUCCCUCCUCCAGAGGAAGGCAGCCUCUUAUCUGAGCUUAUCUCCUGCCAAUUGAGUGUUUUCUUUCUUUGUUUUUGCUGCAACCUCAGGCAAACAGAUGGGGUGGGGAGGCCAGAGAAACAGGAUUUCCAGAGCGGGGCCUUCCCAGGGCUGGGGACCUCUGCUUUGGGCGCUGCUCCCUUAGGGUCAGUAUCAUUGCCCGGGUCUUCCCUGCUUCUGUGGUCAGGUCUUGUCCUAGCCCCAAAGCUGCCCCGUCCAGGCCCCUGAGCAGCUGACUUCCAUCUUCCUGACUCCACACAUAAACACUACACGUCAGUCCACAGGUCCUCAAAGACCAGGCUAAACUCCAAACUCCUGGGCAUGACAUUCCGACCCUUGAGAAGCCUGGUCUCUGCAGCUCCCCCAUCCUUCCAAGGGUUUACUCUUUCCUCCACUGGGAAUGACAGCCCCCUCCCCCAUCUCAAGUCUCAGCUCUAGCUCACCUCCUCCCUGAAGCCGUCCCUGACUUUACCCUGCCGGAGGGAGCCGCCCUCAACCCGCUUCCAGGCCCCUGUUAUAGCACUGGCUGACAGUAACUCCACUGUGAGAGGCUGGCUUUCCCCUUGCCAGAAAGCUUGGGACAGCAGGGGCUGUGGCGUAAUUCAUCUCUGUGUACCUAGUACAAAGUGCUGGCUUGUCUGUAGGGG